AUGGCUUCGAAUCUCCCUAUCCCUAUUCCCCCGCGCACCCCCACCCCACCCGCCGACGAUCAAUAUGCCUCCACAAUCAACUCAGGGAUAUCAAUCAGUCGCGAUUCCCUAUCGCCGCUGAAGGCUUCGUUUCCGAAAGGGAUCAUGGAUGCUGAGAGCAGAGACCAUUUGAGUCCAACUAGAUCUUCUUUCAAUUUGGCGACUUCCCCUGAAGGUGCAGAAACACCGAUUCAGAAUGGCUCGAGCGAGACGACCCCCGCUGGGCCAUUCAAUUUUGAUACUGCUGUCAUGGCGAAAAGCCCGGUCAUCAAAUCGAACAUUGGACAACGUCGUGGCCACAAGUACAAACACAGUAGCAUAUCGCAUCAGAUCUUUCUCGAGCCUCCGCCGCGCGCACCCCUCGCUCUCCCGAACUCCCUUCCCAUACCAACAUUGAAAGAAUGCAGAUCAAGCAUGUCGAAAGACCAGAAAACCCGCUUCUGGUGGAGUCUCUGCCAUAUGUUCAUUGCGGCAUACACACUUUGGACAGCCCACGGGUCUCUGGCCAUGACAGCCUUAUCGCACUUGAUUCUCUUCGAUUCACUCGGCGCACUCCUGUGUGUGGCGGUAGAUGUGCUGAGCAAUUUCGAAGUGUGGAAAAGAUCGAGUAUUCGCCACCCGUUCGGCCUUGAACGCGCCGAGGUUCUGGCUGGGUUCGCAAUGGCUGUGCUUCUUCUGUUUAUGGGGCUGGACCUCAUCUCGCACAACUUGCAACACUUCCUCGAGAAGUCCGGCCAUGAGCCUCACCGCCCACACGAGCAUGAUCGGGUUUCGCUGGGUAGUGUGGAUGUUACUGCCGUGCUUGCUAUAUCUUCGACACUGGUGUCGGCAAUAGGACUCAAGAACCAUGCGCGCAUUGGCAAGGCCAUGCGAUUUGGGUACAUUCAGUCUCUCCCAUCCGUUCUGAGCAAUCCUUCCCACUUCCUUACACUAUCUUGCUCGACGCUGCUGUUGUUGCUGCCCCUGGUCUCGAUCCGCAUAUAUGAUUGGCUCGAUAAGCUGCUAUCGGGAACCAUCGCUUUUUCAAUGUGUUUCCUCGGUGUGCGCUUGGUAAAGACUCUAGGAUCAAUGCUUCUCAUGUCGUACUCCGGUCAAGGAGUAUCUGAGGUCAUCAAAGAUAUCGAAGCCGACCCUGCUAUGAUUGGCAUUGAAGACGCCCGAUUCUGGCAGGUCCACUACGGGUUGUGUAUGGCCAACCUCAAGCUGCGGGUCAGUGGCACUGAUGAUAAUCUCGCUCGACUACGGGAGAAGAUAACCAGCUUGGUCCGCAACAGAUUGGGCGGUGGUUAUGGUGCAGGGGGGCAAAAAUGGGAAGUAUCUCUCCAGUUUACGGUCGAGCGUACUACCUAA